GCGCGUCCCCGCCCGGCCUCUCUUCCGGCCCCGCCCCUCCUGGCUGCCAUGACAACGGGUCCGCGCCCCGCGCACAGCUGCUGCUCGGGCGGGACCCAGGCUGGACCGCGGGCCCCGGCCUGGGGGCCACAGCUGCCACCGCCGCCGCCACCUCGUCUCCUCCCCGACCCCGCCCCGCCCCGCGUCUCCUCGCCUCACUCGGGCCCGCGGCCGGGGUCCCUCCCCGCCGACCUCCCGCGCAGAUGCCGAAGGUGAAGGCGCUGCAAUGCGCCCUGGCGCUGGAGAUCCGCUCUGUAACUUGUCCAGGAGUGCUACUGAAAGACAAGGAGGACAUCUAUCUUAGCAUCUGUGUGUUUGGCCAAUACAAAAAGACACAAUGUGUCCCAGCCACCUUUCCACUGGUCUUCAAUGCCAGAAUGGUGUUUGAAAAGGUGUUCCCUGAAGCGGUAGACCCUGGAGAUGUGGUUGCACAGCUUGAAUAUGAUACAGCCUUGUUUGAGUUGAUCCAACUAGUUCCACCAGUGGGUGAAACACUGUCUACAUAUGAAGAAAAUACACGAGAUUUCAUGUUCCCGGGUCCAAACCAAAUUUCUGGACACCAUGAUUCAAACCGCCAGGUUACCAUGAGGAGGAUUUCUGGCCUUCGAGGAAUUGCUCCAAAGCUGGAGUUUUCUACAACCUCAGUGAUUACUGAAUGUCUGAUAAGUUCAAGGAAGUGCCGCACUCAGGAUAAAUUUAUUUACCAUCCGGCUCCAGUUGAAAAAUCACACGGCAGACUGCCAAGCAGAACAUCUAGAUCACAAAAGAAAAAGUCCAAGUCACCUGAGAGAAAUAAGUAUUGCGUAAAUGCAAAAAACUACGAACAGCCUACAAUUUCUUCAAAAUCACACUCUCCAUCUCCCUACACAAAAAGACGCAUGUGUGAGCUAUCUGAAGACACCAGGCGGCGGCUAGCCCAUUUAAAUCUGGGACCCUAUGAAUUCAAAAAAGAAACAGAUAAACCUCCAUUUGUGAUUAGACAUGUUGAUCCCCCAAGUCCCAGGGCUGAUGGUUUAUUUGGACCUUCUGGCAGAGACUGUGAAAGAGAUGGAUGGUCCAGGAUGCACAGUGAUCACUCUCAUCUUGGCUGCUACCGACCCAAGGAUUAUAAGGUUAUCAGGACCUCCCAUGGGAGAGACUUCGAUGACUCUCUGGAAAGAUGUGAUGAGUAUUUGAGCUCGAGGUCGUGUGGCAAGCCCCAGCAUUCGGCGAGGACCUUACUAGUUCAUUCAGCACCCUCAACAAUGCCCAAGCAUUCUCCAAGCCCUGUGCUAAACCGAGCUUCUCUCAGGGAAAGAUUCCAUUCUGAUUGGUGUUCACCUUCAAACUGCGAUGAGAUCCAUGACCGGGUAAAAAAUGUCUUGAAAUCACAUCAGGCUCAUCAAAGACAUUUAUAUGAUGAGAGAGACCCAGAGAAAGAAGACGAACUAGAACUGAAGCGAGGUCUUUUAUACAGAGACUCUGCCUAUGACAGUGACCCAGAGUACAGCUCAUUUCAGCGGCCACGUGGCACUCUCCAUUUGGAUGAUGGUGAAUACUGGUCCAACAGGGCAGCCUCUUAUAAAGGGAAAUCCCACCGACCCAUCUUUGAGAACAGCAUGGACAAGAUCUACAGGAACUUAUACAAAAAGGCCUGUAGUUCUGUUUCUCAUACACAGGAAAGCUUCUGAGACCAUCCAUGAUACACAAUACACUGUAUGAGUACCCGUGUCAACUUCUCAAUGAAAACGUUUGAUGUGAUCAAUAGCUGUAUUCCUUUUUUUGUAAAGACCAGGGGGUUCUAACUGAGUACUGUGGUUAGACUUGAAAAAGUUCAUUCCUUCAGAUGGUAAAUUAUCACAGGCAAGCCUUUUUGAUCACAGAAGAGAGUACUGUGUUCCCAAAGUCAGAGCUCUGCAAACAGUUACGCCGCCGAGUCCGACGUGAGAAGGACAUUGUCAUGUCCAUCUCAGGUCCAGGACAGGUUCUCUCCAGAAAUAGUCUUCUGCCUUAGUCACCUUGGAAUUUUCUUUUCAUGUACUUGACUGGCUACCUUGUCUGAGUAAGAUUUAAUUUAUAUUAGCUCCCCUUUCUUGGUAAUGAGCAAAAAGAUGUACUGUACAGAAAUGAAUUUCCCAAGAGUUUAAACCUUGUUUUAACUAGUAUUUUCUACUCUUUUCUCCCUUAGAAAGGGCUAUUUAUAUUUCUUAGCUCAUUAUAAAUAGCUUUCUUUUUAACGUUUGUAUAAUCAUUCACUCUCUCUUCUCUAAAAGAACUACCUAAGUUACCUAAAAUGUGUAACAGUUAGCUAGAGAUAGCAGUAGGCAUGUAUGACCAAAAUGUGAGUAACUGAUUUUUGCUUAACAUCUGUUGCCAGUCUUCUUCUUUUUGCUUGGGGAAGAUUGUUGCUGAGCUAACAUCUGUGCCAAUCUUUGUCUAUUUUAUGUGGGAUGCCUCCACACCACGGCUCCUGAGGGGAGUUGGUCUGCACCUGGGAUCCAAACCUGCGAACCCUGGAGCGCUGAAGCAGAGUGCACAAACUUAACCACUGCACCACUGGGCCAGCCCCAACGAGUAACUACUACUUUUUAAAGAUAGCAUUCUUUGUGUGAUUAUAUUUUAGGGCCGUGUCUUUUGGUGCAACCAGAAUCAGAAAAUAGCCUUUGUAAAUGAGCAUGUAAAGAAUAAGGGAAUUAUAUUGUAAUAUAAUCUCUUUAGAGUUGUCAUAGAUACCAAAUGGCCCAAGAGAGUAGUAUCUUUACUCUAAAGGACACUUGGAACCAUGAAGGGGAGUAAAAUAUUACAGCAGAAUUCUUUGUUGUAGGCGCUGGAGAGUCUGUUGGUUGAUAAAAUUAGCUCCUCCCUCGCCCCCAAACAUACACCUGUGAGGCCAGGGACACAUUGGAGACAUGAAGCAAUCAGUUACCUUGUACUUAUCAGAGAGUGAGCGGAGGGGAAGCAGAGAGGAGGAAGGAGGUGAACUGGGCGUCCACGCUGGAAGAGUUGACGACAAGCAGUGUUCUCACUGACUCCGUCUUUGGUUAAUUCUACAGUUAGGAUUUAGAAAGAAAAAAAAAAAUGGACUUGAACUUCACUUAAAUUGAAAUAAAGAUGUAAAAUUGGCUGACUUAUUUUUGUAUUAGGAGAAAAUAUAUAAUGCUUGUUAUCUAAUAAUUGAUUUUAGAGUGAUGUAGAAUGGCAACAUGAUGGAUCAGAAAGCCCAACAGAGACGAAGGCAGGAGGCCCAGGCUGUAGUUCCAUCUCUGCCGUUUUCUAGCAGAGUCACCUUACUUCUCUGGUCCUUAGUCUCCUCGGCUGUGAGCUGAAGAGAAUGGAGUAGAUGAGCAUUUCCUGAACUGUGUUCUGUGGACCUCUGACCUAGGAGAUGGUUGAAGGAAGGUAGACGCAAGUGUUUCAUUGGUCGUAUAAGUUUGGGAAAAUCUGUGGACUGUAUUCACCCCCCUGUCCCCCACAAUUUAGAGAGUCAUAGGUAGGAUGACAGGGAUAAAGGGAGGGCUAUUAAUGCAGAAACGACAGUGAGAAACUGUGACCGUCCCAGAAACGAGAACCUGUGGUCAUCAUGGUCAUGGUAACGUUAGUGUGUUAGAGGCUCGAAGAAAGCCGGGCAUGAACCUGUCUUGCCUAGCACCUGGUAGACAGCCUGGCACAUAGUUGGUACCUAUUAAAUAUUGAGUUAAUCUAGAAUUUCCUAAACUAAAUUGAGCACGUAACCAUUUCUGUUGUUAUGGCCAUUCUUUCCCUUCCAUUCUGCCCUCCUCAGCUCUGCACACUCCUUUUCAGAUGCCAUCCUCAGGUGCAUGUGGACCCCAGCUGGGGACAUGCUGGACCACACAAUCACUGAGGUACCGUCUGGCUGUAGGUUAUAUGAUGUUUUGUACAAUAAGUUUUUGAAAGUCAACAUUGAAUAAUGCUUUUUUUAAAAAAAACCUUAUAUCCUCAUUGAAACUUAGCCAGCUCUGUUGGUCUAGUGGUUGAUUUGGUGCUCUCACCACCACGGCUGGGGUUCGUUUCCCGGUCAGGGAACCACACUAACCAUCAGUUGUUUGUCAUCCUGUGGUGGCUGCGUGUUGCUGUGAUUUUGAAAGCUAUGCCUCCAGUAUUUCAAAUACCAGCAGGGUCACCCACAGUGGACAGGUUUUGGAGAAGCUUCCAGACUAAGACAGACUCAGAAGAAAGACCUAGCCGCCCACUUCCGAAAAAUUGGCCAUGAAAACCCUAUGAAUAGCAGCGGAGCAUUGUCUGAUAUAGAGCUGGAAGGUGAGCGGAUGGAGCAAAAAGACCGGGCAGGGUUCCGCUGUGUUCUACACCGGGGCGCCUAGGAGUCGGAAUUGAUUCAGUGUCCCUAACAACAGUGAAACUUAGUAUGAUUUGUGUGUGUGUGUGUGUGUGUGUGUGUGUAAACAAAUGAAAAUUUCCUCCGUUUAAAAAUGCUGCUUGGUAAAAAGGACAAAUAUGAACUUCAAAGAAAAUGCUUUGCUAUCAGAGAAAAUCUCCUGAGUGACUAAGUUCUCACUGCACCUGUGUCUGCCAUUGGCUGUGACAGAGGCCGCAAAAGUCAGUCUCAAAGCGGAACUUCAGAAGGUGAAAUUCUGAAAGGCAUUUUCCUGUGCAUUAACUCUCACAUCUUUCUGAAGGAUAAGCUGCAAAUUUUCAGAUAUGCUACAUCCUUGCUAAGUGUCUGAUUAUCUCCAUUGCCUAGGGGAAGGAAUAGUCUUUGUUGCUAUCCCUAACGAUUACUGUGAAUUGUUCUGUUGUAUUAUCUUAAAGAGUAAAGCCUUUAAGUACUAAUAAUUGUCUUUUCUCACUGAUAGAAGCUGAAAGAUGCAGCUAUUUAUUCUCUUAGCAUUUUUUCUAUGUUUCCACAAUCUAGUAAUAGUUAUUGGACUUAAUCUGAAAGAUAAAUAAGCCUUACUUCUUCCUUUUAAUGUUUUUUUUCCUUUAAAUAGAAAAACCUGGGAAUUUUAGGAAGGAAAAUGUCAAUUCAACUAAGAAAAAAGAUGAACCUUUGAACCAAGAGUGAGUUCUCCUGGUUCCACUACUAAUUAAAACUUGUUUAAGUCAUUUAUCCUUGGAGCUCGGUUUUCUUACCUGUAAGGUGAUGAAGGGGUUAAGUUAGAAUGAUCCUUUAAUGUUCCAACAUUUCUAUAAUUGUAUAAUUGAUUAAUGUGGAAGAUCAGGAAGUUGUAGGCAGCAGAGUCGUGUUGUGACUUCAAAGAUUAAACCUGUGAUUAAAAAUCUGGGACAAAUAGAGAAUUCUCAUUAUUGUGUUCAUUUUCUAAUAAUAGCUCUAUGAGCUAUAAUUCACAUACUAUAAAAUUCACCCUUUGAAAGUAUACAAUUGAGUGGUUUUUAAUAUAUUGACAGUUAUGCUAUUAUAACCACCAGCUAAUUAUAAAUUAUUUCAUCACUCCUGAGAGAAAUCCCAUACCCGUUAGCGAUCACUUCCACUCCCCUCUCUCGCCCAGCCCCUGGCAACUACUGAUCUGCUUUCUGUUUCUAUGCCUAUUCUGGACAUUUCAUAUAAACACAAUCGUACAUUAUGUGACCUUUUGUGUCUGGCUUCUUUCCCUUAGCAUAUUUUCAGGGUUCAUGCCUGUUGUAACAGGUAUCAGUACUUCCAUUUCUUUUUGUUACUAAAUAAUAAUCCAUUGUAUGGAUAUACCACAUUUUGUUCAUUCAUUCAGUUGAUAGUCAUUUUCAUUGUCUUCACUUUUGAGAUAUUAUGAAAAAUGCUGGUAUGAACAUUUGUGUACAAGUUUUUGUGAGAACAUGUUUUCAUUUCUCUUUAGUAUACCCCCAGCAGUGGAAUUGCUGGAUCAGGUGGAAACUGUAUGUUUAGCAUUUUGAGAAACUGCCAAACUGUUUUCCAAAGCGACAUGCUUGUGUUUAUUUUUAUCUUACCUUAAGAUCUUAGGCCAGUUACACCCUCCAGCAUUCAUCCGCCCAUUCAUCACGUGCUUGCUGAGCACUGUGUGAGAUGUAGAGGCUAUAAAAUGUAAAAAUGUAUCUUCCCACAAGCGUGAAGAGUCUAUUGAGAGAGACAAAUUACCAGUGUAUUUCAACAUUUGCAGUGGUUUGGUAACUUGUAUGAUAUGAGAAUGUAAGAAUGGUGAUAGGGCCACAGAACUUGCAAAAGCAUGAAAAUGAGAGAGCGUGAUUGUUCAGGAAACUUCAAGCGCUUUAGCUGCAGAUGGUGGGCGGGGUUGCAAACGCUUCGGAGGAUAUUGAUGAGUGCAGUACGAGAACCACAAA